AUGUUUCGGUUAAGUGCUUCCCUGUUGGUUUUGGUCGCCAUUACCGGGUACCAGUGCGGCUACAUCGUCAGCAACGAACUCGGUUACGGCGAGGAGGAGAUCAGCUACGAAGGACACGACGAACACCAAGAUUAUCACGAACCGGCCAAAUACAGUUUCAAUUAUGCGGUGCACGAUCCUCACACCGGUGAUGAGAAGCAGCAUUACGAAGAACGCAACGGUGACGAAGUCAAGGGUACCUACAGUCUGAAAGAAGCUGACGGUACCACCAGAAUUGUUGAAUAUAAAGCUGACAAACAUAACGGUUUCCAAGCUGUGGUGCAUAAAGUUGGUGAGCCGAAACAAGAGGAGCACAUCAGUUACGGAGAGCACGAGUAUUAA